GAACAUGAGAGGCCGAGAGAGAGAGAAAAAGAAAGAGCAUCUUUUGGUGCUAUAUUGACACAUCCCAAGCACCCGAAUCCCUUGGCCGGCCCCUUUGCUUCCGUCGACUGAGGCCCCGGCGGCCUGCUCUCCUCAUCUCCCCCGCCGUCCUCCUCCCUCCUUGAUCAUCAGGUCUACCCUGCUCCGCUUCUUGAAGAGACCCUGUAAAUGAUGCUUGGCUGUGUGUAUGUGUGUGGAUCUUUCUUUCUGCUACUACUUCCUUGUGCUGUGGUUGCUGCUGACAAGUGUGCAAGCUUGCUUUCAUACUGCAUAGUGGCUUACAUUUAUGGUACCAAUCAUGUCUGAUCUGCAAGCACCUCUACGACCCAAAAGAAAGAAAGUCUUGGUGGAUUAUCUGGUCCAGUUCCGAUGGAUUGUUGUCAUCUUUGUUGUGCUUCCAGUCUCUUGCUUUAUCUAUUUCAAACUAUUUCUGGGCGAUGUGAAAUCCGCAAUGAAAUCUGAAAAGCGUCGCCAGAAGGAACAUGAAGAGAACGUGAAGAAAGUUGUAAAUCGCCUCAAGCAGAGAGAUCCCCAGAAAGAUGGUCUUGUGUGCACGGCCAGGAAACCAUAUAUUGCUGUUGGCAUGCGUAAUGUUGAUUAUAAACGCGCAAGACAUUUUGAAGUUGAUCUCUCUGCAUUCAGAAACAUUCUCGAGGUUGAUAAAGAGCGAAUGGUUGCUAAGGUGGAGCCACUUGUUAAUAUGGGCCAGAUAACUAGAUAUACAGUUCCUAUGAAUCUUGCACUUGCCGUCGUUGCAGAGCUUGACGAUCUCACUGUUGGUGGACUGAUUAAUGGUUAUGGCAUCGAGGGGAGCUCACACAUUUAUGGGCUCUUUUCCGACACAGUUGUUGCCAUGGAAGUUGUCCUUGCGAAUGGCCAAGUAGUGAGGUGCACAAAGGAUAACGAAUACUCUGACCUUUUCUAUGGAAUCCCUUGGUCGCAGGGAACUCUCGGUCUCCUAGUUUCUGCUGAGAUAAAACUAAUACCCAUUAAGGAAUAUAUGAGGCUUACCUAUACCCCAUACCGUGGAACCCUGAAGGAACUUGCACAGGCUUAUGCGGAUUCUUUUGCACCCAGAGAUGGAGAUCCGUCGAAGGUUCCAGACUUUGUUGAGGGAAUGAUCUAUAAUCCAACGGAGGCUGUGCACAUGACUGGGAGAUAUGCCUCUAAAGAAGAAGCGAAGAAGAAGGGUAAUGUCAUCAACAACGUAGGGUGGUGGUUUAAACCUUGGUUUUACCAGCACGCGCAGACAGCACUCAAGAAGGGUGAGUUUGUGGAGUACAUACCCACUAGAGAGUAUUACCACAGGCACACGAGAUGUUUGUAUUGGGAAGGUAAGCUGAUCCUGCCAUUUGGAGACCAGUGGUGGUUCAGAUGGUUUUUGGGCUGGUUGAUGCCUCCGAAGGUUUCUUUGCUCAAGGCCACUCAAGGUGAAUCGGUUAGGAACUACUACCAUGAUAUGCAUGUGAUCCAGGAUCUCUUGGUUCCUCUGUACAAAGUUGGAGAUGCUCUAGAAUAUUGUCACAAUGAAAUGGAGGUUUAUCCGAUAUGGCUCUGUCCACAUCGGUUGUUCAAGCUUCCUGUGAAAACCAUGGUGUACCCAGAACCAGGCUUCGAGCAUCAUCACCGACAGGGAGACACGAGCUAUGCCCAAAUGUUCACGGACAUCGGGGUGUACUAUGCUCCAGGUCCCGUGCUCCGCGGUGAGGAGUUCAACGGUGCCGAAGCUGUCCGCAACCUCGAGGAAUGGUUGAUCCAGAACCACGGGUUCCAGCCACAGUACGCCGUCUCCGAGCUCACCGAGAAGAACUUCUGGCGGAUGUUUGAUGGAUCGCAAUACGAGCACUGCCGCAAGAAAUAUGGGGCGAUCGGGACCUUUAUGAGUGUCUACUACAAGUCCAAGAAGGGGAAGAAGACGGAGAAGGAGGUGCAGGAAGCUGAGGCCGAGAUCCUCGAACCGGCCUAUGCAGAAGAAGUUUAACAUCUGACCAACUUGAGGAUUUCAGAAUCAGCAUAACCUCUUCGAGUCCCGAUGAACUUUUUGUGUGUGACCACUUGUGUGCUUGGCUAUUUGCUGCUGUACUGUCUGUUGUAGUUGAACUUGUUUAACUCUUAGGGUUGCCCAUGUUUGACUAUGCUGUCUUCAAUUUCUCUACCAACUAUUAUUACGUGACUUGUUGUUUA